AUGUCUUCAUUAUCAACAUCCGAUUUGGCUUCUCUUGACGAUACCUCUAAAAAGGAAAUUGCCACUUUCCUAGAGGGUGAGAACUCUAAGCAAAAAGUUCAAAUGUCCAUCCAUCAAUUCACUAAUACCUGUUUUAAGAAAUGCGUUGGCUCUGUCAAUAAUCCAGAUUUAAGUUCUCAAGAAGAACAGUGUCUGGCUAACUGUGUGAACAGGUUUUUAGAUACCAAUAUCAGGAUCGUCAAUGGGUUGCAAAACACCCGUUAA